AUGGUAACGGCCCUCUCUAAUAGUAACGCCCUCUCUAAUGGUAACGCCCUCUCUAAUGGUAACGCCCUCUCUAAUGGUAACGCCCUCUCAAAUGGUAACGCCCUCUCUAAUGGUAACGCCCUUUCUAAUGGUAACGCCCUCUCUAAUGCGCCCUCUCUAAUAGUAGCGCCCUCUCUAAUGCGCCCUCUCUCAAUGGUAACGCCCUCUCUAAUGUGCGCUCUCUCUAAUGGUAACGCCCUCUCUAAUGGUAACGCCCUCUCUAAUGGUAACGCCCUCUCUAAUGGUAACGCCCUCUCUAAUGGUAACGCCCUCUCUAAUGGUAACGCCCUCUCUAAUGGUAACGCAAUUUCUAAUGGUAACGCCCUCUCUAAUGGUAACGCCCUCUCUAAUGGUAACGCCCUCUCUAAUGGUAACGCCCUCUCUAAUGGUAACGCCCUCUCUAAUGGUAACGCCCUUUCUAAUGGUAACGCCCUCUCUAAUGGUAACGCCUCUCUAAUCGCCCUCUUUAAUGGUAACGCCCUCUCUAAUGGUAACGCCCCCUCUAAUGGUAACGCCCUCUCUAAUGGUAACGCCCUCUCUAAUGGUAACGCCCUCUCUAAUGGUAACGCCCUCUCUAAUGGUAACGCCCUCUCUAAUGGUAACGCCCUCUCUAAUGGUAACGCAAUUUCUAAUGGUAACGCCCUCUCUAAUGGUAACGCCCUCUCUAAUGGUAACGCCCUCUCUAAUGGUAACGCCCUCUCUAAUGGUAACGCCCUCUCUAAUGGUAGCGCCCUCUUUAAUGGUAACGCCCUCUCUAAUGGUAACGCCCCUUCUAAUGGUAACGCCCUCCGUAAUGGUAACGCCCUCUCUAAUGGUAACGCCCUCUCUAAUGGUAACGCCCUCUCUAAUGGUAACGCCCUCUCUAAUGGUAACGCCCUCUCUAAUGUAACGCCCUCUCUAAUAGUAACCGCCCUCUUUAAUGGUAACGCCCUCUCUAAUGGUAACGCCCCCUCUAAUGGUAACGCCCUCUCUAAUGGUAACGCCCUCUCUAAUGGUAACGCCCUCUCUAAUGGUAACGCCCUCUCUAAUGGUAACGCCCUCUCUAAUGGUAACGCCCUCUCUAAUGGUAACGCAAUUUCUAAUGGUAACGCCCUCUCUAAUGGUAACGCCCUCUCUAAUGGUAACGCCCUCUCUAAUGGUAACGCCCUCUCUAAUGGUAACGCCCUCUCUAAUGGUAGCGCCCUCUUUAAUGGUAACGCCCUCUCUAAUGGUAACGCCCCUUCUAAUGGUAACGCCCUCCGUAAUGGUAACGCCCUCUCUAAUGGUAACGCCCUCUCUAAUGGUAACGCCCUCUCUAAUGGUAACGCCCUCUCUAAUGGUAACGCCCUCUCUAAUGCGCCCUCUCUAAUGGUAGCGCCCUCUCUAAUGGUAGCGCCCUCUCUAAUGGUAGCGCCCUCUCUAAUGGUAACGCCCUCUCUAAUGGUAGCGCCCUCUCUAAUGGUAGCGCCCUCUCUAAUGGUAACCGCCCUCUCUAAUGGUAACGCCAUCUCUAAUGGUAACGCCCUCUCUAAUGGUAACGCCCUCUCUAAUGGUAACGCCGUCUCUAAUGGUAACGCCCUCUCUAAUGGUAACGCCCUCUCUAAUGGUAACGCCCUCUCUAAUGGUAACGCCCUCUCUAAUGGUAACGCCCUCUCUAAUGGUAGCGCCCUCUCUAAUGGUAGCGCCCUCUCUAAUGGUAGCGCCCUCUCUAAUGGUAACGCCCUCUCUAAUAGUAACGCCCUCUCUAGUGGUAACGCCCUUUCUAAUGGUAACGACCUCUCUAAUGGUAACGUCAUCUCUAAUGGUAACGGCCUCUCUAAUGGUAACGCCCUCUCUAAUGCGCCCUCUCUAAUGGUAACUAACGCCCUCUCUAAUAGUAACGCCCUUUCUCAUGGUAACGCCCUCUCUAAUGGUGACGCCCUCUCUAAUGGUAACGCCCUCUCUAAUGGUAACGCCCUCUCUAAUGGUAACGCCCUCUCUAAUGGUAACGGCCUCUCCAAUGGUAACGCUCUCUCUAAUGGUAACGCCCUCUCUAAUGGUAACGCCCUCUCCAAUGGUAACGCCCUUUCUCAUGGUAACGCCCUCUCUAAUAGUAACGCCCUCUCUAAUGGUAACGCCCUCUCUAAUGGUAGCGCCCUCUCUAAUGGUAGCGCCCUCUUUAAUGGUAACGCCCUCUCUAAUGGUAACGCCCUCUCUAAUGGUAACGCCCUCUCUAAUGGUAACGCCCUCUCUAAUGGUAACGCCCUCUCUAAUGUUAACGCCCUCUCUAAUGGUAACGCCCUCUCUAAUGGUAACGCCCUCUCUAAUGGUAACGCCCUCUCUAAUGGUAACGCCCACUCUAAUGGUAACGCCCUCUCUAAUGGUAACGCAAUUUCUAAUGGUAACGCCCCCUCUAAUGGUAACGCCCUCUCUUAUGGUAACGCCCUCUCUAAUGGUAACGCCCUCUUUAAUGGUAACGCCCUCUCUAAUGGUAACGCCCUCUCUAAUGGUAACGCCCUCUCUAAUGGUAACGCCCUCUCUAAUGGUAACGCCCUCUCUAAUGGUAACGCCCUCUCUAAUGGUGACGCCCUCUCUAAUGGUGACGCCCUCUCUAAUGGUGACGCCCUCUCUAAUGGUAACGCCCUCUCUAAUGGUAACGCCCUCUCUAAUGGUAACGCCCUCUGUAAUGCGCCCUCUCUAAUGGUAGCGCCCUCUCUAAUGGUAGCGCCAUCUCUAAUGGUAACGCCCUCUCUAAUGGUAGCGCCCUCUCUAAUGGUAGCGCCCUCUCUAAUGGGUAACGCCCUCUCUAAUGGUAACGCCGUCUCUUAUGGUAACGCCCUCUCUAAUGGUAACGCCCUCUUUAAUGGUAACACCCUCUCUAAUGGUAACGCCCUCUCUAAUGGUAACGCCCUCUCUAAUGGUAACGCCCUUUUUAAUGGUAACGCCCUCUCUAAUAGUAACGCCCUCUCUAAUGGUAGCGCCCUCUCUAAUGGUAACGCCAUCUCUAAUGGUAACGCCCUCUCUAAUGGUAACGCCCUCUCUAAUGGUAACGCCCUCUCUAAUGGUAACGCCCUCUCUAAUGGUAACGCCCUCUCUAAUGGUAACGCCCUCUCUAAUGGUAACGCCCUCUCUAAUGGUAACGCCCUCUCUAAUGGUAGCGCCCUCUCUAAUGGUAGCGCCCUCUCUAAUGGUAGCGCCCUCUCUAAUGGUAGCGCCCUCUCUAAUGGUAACGCCCUCUCUAAUGGUAACGCCCUCUCUAAUGGUAGCGCCCUCUCUCUAAUGGUAACGCCCUCUCUAAUGGUAACGCCUCUCUAA